AUGUUCCCUGUCCUCCUCACCCUCCUCACCUUCACCACUCUCUCCACCGCUUGGAUCCCCUCCACCGUCUCCGCUGCCAACACGAACCAGAUCAAAGGCUUCAACUACGCACCAGAAGACGACUUCGCGACCAAGUUCAAGACCGCUCAAAACCUUGAAGGCACCAGCGGCUUCACCUCCGCGCGCCUCUUCGCGAUGAAAUCCGCCAAAGGCAACAAAUUCACCGAAGCCUUCGACGCCGCCAAUGCAACCGGCACCACCCUUCUCCUCACACUGUGGUCAUCCGGCGACCCCGUUUCCGACCCUCUCGGCGACACGGCCUUCGCCGCCGAAAAAGCCGCGCUCGAAGCCGCAUUAGACCAAUGGGUUGGCAAGCCCCCAAACAACAAGCCCGAGGACUUCAAAAACAUGGUCAUAGGCAUCUCUGUGGGCAGCGAAGAUCUAUACCGGUCAUCCGUGUGGGGAACCCCGCGUCAAGACGACUACGGCAACACAGUGGAGAAGAUAAUAGAUUUCGUCGAGCAGACGCGCGUACUCCUCGACUCCUACGCCCUGCGCGGCGUUAUACCAGUCGGGCACGCAGACACCUGGGUAGUCUGGAAGAACGAGUCCACGGGGUACAAGCUGGCGAGCGAUCUCGACUGGGUCGGCCUCAACGACUUCACGUACUGGGAGAACCUAACCGUGACGGAUUUCGCGGCCUUCACUGGCGCGGUAGGGGAAGCGCAGGGAGCCUCUCGCCAGGGCGGCAAUCCGCCCGUGUGGGUCACGGAGUCAGGAUGGCCGGUCACGGGGCUUGAUCGCGGGAAAGCGACGGUGGGGACGGCAAAUGCGAAGACUUAUUGGGAUGGGGUGGGCUGUCAGCAGUUGUUUGGACAUUUUAAUACGUGGUGGUAUACGCUGCAUGAUCCACCGUACGAUCCGAAGGCCACUCCGCCACAGGUGAGGCCGCAAUUUGCGGUUACGAAUGCGGAUGGGGAUACGAAGCCCUUGUUUGACUUGAGUUGCGAUGGGGCGGGGACGACUCAGAGGAGCGUGAAAGAGAGGGGAUUGGAAGGGAGUGAUAAUUAUCGGAGUUCGAGAAGGGGUAGACUAUCCAAGUAG